AUGGGUCAGAGAACAUUGUGCCGAUGGAUUCGCAGACGACCCGUUUUACGAAGCCGACGCUCAUGGCGUGGAUCUCCCCGUGUCUAUCCACCAAGGGGUGCACCCGGAAUAUCUCGAGAAGGGAACUGCGGGAUUAUCGACUACUUCAAGAAGCAGCUGUUGUCGAAGUGGCUGCAGUCGACGGAGCUACUCGUGGUGUGCUACGACCGACAGGAACUGGUGCCCGUGAUCAAAGGACACGAACAGCUUGGGAGAAGCGAGAAACUUGCUGAUGAUGUCUGGACCGGCGACACCAAGCCGAAUGGAAUCGUCGCAUUCUAUGGCGUUGGAGGUGAGCCUGAUCUGAGUGCUGAUCAUCCACCUGGUGUAGAUGCCGAGGGCAUAGGUCUCGAGAUGGCAAGGGAAGGUGCCGGGGAGGCGCUUCCCGAAACUGAACCACUCCUUCACUUUCGAGACAGAACCGACACGAUCGAGGGCGUCGAGCGACAGCGUGGGCCAUACAUCGGCGAGGCUGAGCUCUCCGUGAUACACUUCAUCGCUUGGGCGAAGAAGUACUGGGGGAAAAGCUUCGACAAGUGGGUCGUUUCAUCGGUAGACACGGACCUAUGGAUGAUCAUUCUACUGGCGAUGACAACUGGUUGGCUCACGCCCCGUGGCGAGAGGGCAGUUGAUGUGACAGUUCUGAGGGUCGUGGGUGGCGAGACCAAGUUCCUGUGGAUGAACGGAGUGUUCGCCAGCAUCUGCGAACUCCAGGACAGAAGCGAGUCCGCGUGGCCGCCAUUGACCUUCGGGAACUGGAUCCCCACGGACAACGACAAGGCAGUCGUGCAGCACUGAACCUGGGUGAGCUGAACAUGUGGAUGUGCGGAGGAAUUACAUAGGUUCUACAGUCUGCGGUGCCUCCUUUUUUUCGUCUUAUGGCGAAAGCAAGCACAGCAGAACAGCAGGGUAGAGAGGGCAGCAAGACAGGGAGGGGCAGCCAGCAGCAGUCGCGACGGCGUACAGGCGUAACCACGGUACAGAGGGAAGCUACACAAAGAGAGAGGCGGCCAGUGGGAACGAAUCAUAGGAUCUAGCUUCGCCCCGUGUACAACCGCGCUUCCUCAAACUACAAAGACACAUGCAGAGAGUAGCAGUGUACGAGAGGACACGCACGCGGCAACUUCUGUGAAGGUCGGUGCCCAGAGUAAGGGGUACCCGUCAAGUCGGUCGACAGCAGUAGCGUAGGCGCAUAGGCGCAACCACCGCAUAGAGCGGAGGAACGCCAAGAGAGAGGUGGCGCCAGUGGGAACGGAUAUAUGGGAUCCAGCUUCGCCCCGCGUACAACUCUUCCAAAAUUCAGAGAUGCCCGAAAUAGGGGAGGCGACCACGCCGCAGACCGUUGUGGCAUCGUUCGUGCGCCACGGCAAAAUGCAUAGCUUGUGAACAUCCUAGUGUACACUCAGGUUGGAAUCAUCCCUCAGCCGCGAAAGGCGGCAGAAAACAAUUGUGCACACGCAACCCUCGGCCGCGAAAGACGGCUGGCAGAAACCUCAUACUCAACUAGACUUCAAUUUUUUUAGCUCCUGCCACAGCAUUUUUGCAUUUGUCCCGCAAACUUCGGUCUCUGAAUCCACACAAGUGCCCCCCGUCAAUGGCUCCGACCGAUCGUGACAUACCCGCUUGUCCUGUAUCGGUCGACCGAUGAACCUAAUUGGAAGAACAAGACCAACCGACACAUAGAUAGAUGCCGCUCUCUCGGGCUGGUAAGGUGUCACAGUCAACGACAAGGGCCGCGUGGUGAAACUAAAUCUGUGGACCAACAACCUCCGAGAUAUUUACGGCCUUCCCUGUGGACGUUGCGUGUUGCUCCCCUGCGAUGCGUUCGACCUUUCCCAAGAACUCGGUGACCGAAAGUGAUCCUUUCAUGAAAUUGCAAGUUUUGCAGGAUGCGACAACGUUGUCUUUUUGGUACGUCCCUGCGUUAUGCACGCGGUCUACGCCUGAGUACCCUUUGUAUGUAAAAUCGCCGCAAUACCAGCACGCGCUACGCACGAUGCUACUGUACUCGUCAAAGCUAAUCGACACAUUAAUAUUCCGCCUUUUAGCCUGCUCCUUGAACACGCGCCACCGGUAAGCCACGUCAGUUUUCCUGGCUUCCAAGUGCCUUUUGUACGCAGCGGACCUUCGGUAUCGUUUGUUUUGAAGGGCUCGGGUGCGUCUCUUGUCGUACAUUGGAUGCUUUUGUGUUUGAUCUGGCGUUAACGGUGUCAUCGAAAAGGUAGCACAGGUGUCCUGGCGUUUCGAUUGUUUUGAUGGUGCAGUAUGGGAUGCCGUAUUAUUUUUUGAGUGACCGCCCUGGACACACAGGCACCCGAUUUCUGGUAUUCAUAUCCCAAAACAUUUUAACUCGUCUCUAUCAAAAGUCCAUACUUUCACGGCAUGGAUGCGGCACUUCCGGAGAUGAGCAGGCGAUCCACUUCAGAACCGUGGAUGGGACACAUAUUCUAGACCAAUUAGUCCUUUGAAUAGGACAGUUUUUGGGCACACCCAUCGUAGGUGCGAUGAAAAUUCCCUCAACGCUUGUUUUUCCCCGU